AUGAAGACGGGGGGCGGGCUCAUGGCGCCCCCCGGAUGCUUCCCGGGCCGGUACAGCCCGACCUACCGGAGCCCGGACCCGAGGCGGUGCGUGCCCAAUCCCUCUAGCCGGAUACUGGAGGAUGCCUCACUGAUGUGUAACUCCUGGUCGCCGAGGCACAAUGGAGACCUCUUCGGCGGCCUAAACGACGGGCUCCUAAGCCGCGCGGAGGCUCUCGCGGCGGUCGACAUCAGCAAGCACCAGAGCGGGCCCCAGCCGGGGCCCCUUCCCCAGCUCAAACACGACAUGGUCUACCACCACGGGGUGGGGCCCCCACCGCACAACGCUAGGCCACAUCAGAUGGGGCACCACGGCAUGGAGAGCCUCGACAUGCUGGACCCGCUCAGCUCCUCCUCCAUGACCACGCUGGCACCCAUGGGCGAGGUGGCCCCGCCCCACCACCAGCUCCACGGCUACGGCAUGAACCACGUCAUGAAUCACCACCACCACGCAGGCUCGCUAGGACACGCGCCACCAGCCCACCUCGCCCACCCCUCAGCCGCUCUCCACCCCGACACGGACACAGACCCUCGAGAACUCGAAGCGUUCGCAGAGAGAUUCAAACAGAGAAGGAUCAAACUAGGAGUCACCCAAGCGGACGUCGGCAAAGCGCUCGCGAACCUCAAGCUCCCCGGCGUCGGCGCCCUCUCCCAGAGCACCAUAUGCCGCUUCGAGAGCCUCACACUAAGUCACAACAACAUGAUCGCCCUCAAACCUAUCCUACAAGCCUGGCUCGAAGAAGCGGAAGCACAAGCGAAGAACAAAAGACGGGACCCCGACGCGCCCAGCGUGCUCCCCGCCGGCGAGAAGAAACGUAAACGCACAUCCAUAGCCGCGCCCGAGAAGCGAAGCCUGGAAGCGUACUUCGCGGUGCAGCCGCGGCCGUCGGGCGAGAAGAUAGCGGCGAUCGCGGAGAAGCUCGACCUGAAGAAGAAUGUGGUUCGCGUGUGGUUCUGCAACCAGCGGCAGAAACAGAAGCGGAUGAAGUUCGCGGCGCAGCACUGA